UUUACAGAGCGGUUUAAUUGUUGUUACGACAUGUGUCAUCCUACGUGGCGUUCUAUGUGUUUUUUUACGCUUAGUCAUCAAGAGGGUUAAAUGCAGAGGAGAACAGGAGGUUUAACGGAUGUUUAGGUUUGAAGACGUACUUCAGGCAUGCCAACGAGCAUCUCUGCAGCCAUUGCGUGUCGGAACUCAGAACAAUCAUCCCCAGCACUCAAAUGAAUUGAUGAUGUCAAAGGGCAUGCGCUAUGCCAACCAAGCUCUUUUUUCUGGAUGCUCAGCUGGAGGUCUUGCUGCCAUAUUACACUGUGAUGAAUUCCGCAAUUUAUUUCCACAAAACAGUAAUGAGAUACAUGGGUUGAGGAAGUUUGAUCUGUAUCUUGGCAGGGCAAAUCUAGAAGAAACUGAGCCGGUUCUUUUAUCAAUUCUUCAUUUCUUUUCACAGUUCUUUCUUGUGUCCGUUCAUCCUCAACUUAUCGCUGGUUCGGAGAAGAGACGUAACAGGGCCUCUGCCGCUGUCGCCACCACUAACCGGCGACAUGUCUUCUCAGACCAGGGCCGACCCUCCUUCAAAGUUAGAUAUGCUCACAAGGAGAAAAGGGGCAAAGAUGAAAUGAUGAACGCCAAACGGCUUUUAGUUUAUAUGUUCGAUGUUAUGAGAGUGUCAGUUGAGCUGAGCUAUGGUUAGAGAUGUGCUUUGACCAUGGGAGAAGAGACGGCCAUGCGUCAAAGGAGCUAAUCCUGCUAGAUGAUGGUGCUAUGGUUUAAAAUACAGAAAAGGUAUUGUU